AGAGUGAUGAUGCUCGGCGGCCGAGUCACCACUAGGGCCCAAAGACCAAGAGUGCGGCGGCGCGGGGAGCGGCGGGGACUGAGUCCAGGGCCAACAGAGUCCGGGAGGUGCGCUUAUUUCUCUUUGCCUUCUAACAGGGCUCGAGUGUCCCGUCCCAAGGGACGUCCCCCUGUUGCGGUCUAGCUCCACCUCGCUGCCCCUUCCUUUGGCUCUUCCCAGCUGGCGAACCGUGCUGAAAACCCGGGGGCGCUACGCCCCGCACUGGGUAACGGAGAACACAGUCCCGACUACGGUCCCACCUGUGCCUAGCCUAGCAGGAAAACUGUAACCGUGGGACUCGAUCUGCCCACUUGAGCAAUAUGAAGAUUUCAUUCAUAGAGCCCGCCAUUCUCCUGAACGCGUUUGCUAUGACUCUGACCAUCCCGCUGACAGCGCAGUACGUGUACCGGAGGAUCUGGGAGGAAACCGGUAACUACACCUUUGCUUCCAAUAGCAAUGGCUCUGAGUGUGACCAAAACAAAAGCAGCUCCAUCUUUGCAUUCCGGGAGGAAGUUCAGAAAAAGGCAUCUCUCUUCAACCUGCAGGUGGAAAUGAGUGCCUUAAUUCCUGGUCUGGUGUCUACCUUCAUGCUUUUAGCGAGCAGCGACAACCACGGACGGAAACUUCCCAUGGUCCUGUCAUCUCUUGGCUCUCUGGGUACCAACACUUGGCUGUGCAUGAUGUCCUACUUUGACCUUCCUCUCCAGCUUCUGAUAGCAUCCACCUUUAUUGGCGCCCUCUUUGGGAAUUACACCACGUUCUGGGGAGCUUGCUUCGCCUACAUUGUGGAUCAGCAGAAAGAAUACAAGCAUAGAAUCAUCCGCAUAGCCAUCCUGGAUUUCAUGCUUGGAGUCGUUACUGGGCUAACAGGCCUGUCAUCUGGCUAUUUUAUCCGAGAACUGGGUUUUGUGUGGUCCUAUUUCAUAACUGCCAUGGUUCUUAUAGUCAACCUGGCCUACAUUUUAUUUUUCCUCAAUGAUCCCAUAAAGGAGUCUUCAUCUCAGAUUGUGACUAUGUCAUGUAUCGAAAGCCUUAAGGACCUAUUUUACCGGACUUACAUGCUUUUUAAAAAUGGUUCCAGUAAGCGGCAGGCUUUGCUUUGUCUGCUGAUUUUUACCCUUGUCAUUUAUUUCUUUGUGAUAAUCGGAAUCUCCCCAAUUUUUACACUUUAUGAGCUGGGCCCUCCGCUCUGCUGGAAUGAGGUUUACAUAGGCUAUGGUUCAGCUCUGGGCAGUGUCUCCUUUUUAAGUAGUUUCCUAGGCAUCUGGCUAUUUUCUUAUUGUUUGAAGGAUAUUCACAUUGCCUAUAUUGGCAUUUUUACCACCAUGGUGGGGAUGACGCUGGCUGCCUUCACCAGGACCACUCUAAUGAUGUUUUUAGUCAGGAUUCCGUUCAUUUUCACCAUCAUGCCACUUUCCGUCCUGAGGUCCAUGCUGUCAAAGGUGGUCCACUCGACUGAGCAAGGUGCGUUGUUUGCUUGUAUAGCUUUCUUAGAAACGCUGGCUGGGGUCACUUCGACCUCUGCGUACAGUGGGAUUUACUCAGCCACUGUUGCCUGGUACCCUGGCUUCAUCUUCCUGCUGUCCGCUGGCCUCCUGGUCCUCCCAGCCAUCAGUCUAUGCUGCGUCAAGAGCAUUGGCUGGGAAGAGGGAAGCUACACACUCCUCGUCCACGAAGAACCCAGUGAGCACACAUCAGACUAGUGACAGUCGGCAGCAAUGCACACGUCCCUAUGCAGUGAGCACACAUCAGACUAGUGACAGUCGGCAGCAAUGCACACGUCCCUAUGCAGUGAGCACACAUCAGACUAGUGACAGUCGGCAGUAAUGCACAUGUCCCUAUGCAGUGAGCACACAUCAGACUAGUGACAGUCGGCAGCAAUGCACACGUCCCUCUGCGCAACUCCUGAAGAAUAUAAACUCCACAAUCGCAUUUCAUCAGCAAUCCACAGGACAAAACCCUGUCUCCUAACCCAAGUGAGUCGGGAGGAAGGCACCCAGCUCUGCUGCUUCUUGGGACCACCCAGCAGCACACUGUGUUCUACAGAGAACAGGCCCAGCACCUACCAUGCUCACUUCUCCAUGGACCAGAGAAACCCCGUGAAGAGCCGAGGAAGGCUUGUGAACCUUGUUAAAACUUAAAAGCAAUAACUUCACUGGCAUGCUCCAGUCUCCCAUGUGAUUGAGGAGUUCUGACCUCAGUCUCUCCGUCUGCACAAUGGGCUUGCUGGCCUCUCAGGGAUUUUGAAGACAUAAUGAGGAAUUUUUAUUCAGAAUAAUCACUGUUGAAAUAAUGUUUCAGGCAUUUCUAGUUCUUCCCAUACUUGACUGAUGUUUUAAGAGCCUGUUAAGGCUCUACUAAUGGAAUGAAAAGUCCUUGAACAGAAGUACCUUUUAAAAUAUGUGGUUUUCAUUUUUCCUAGUAUUUUAUUCACUGACAAGCCUGACAAUGUUUUUAUGUGUAAUGAAGGGAGUGAGUAGAACAUCAGAUUAUAAAUACAAUUGUCUUAAACUUUAAAACUGAGCUGACAGCUCAGUGUGGUAUAAAGGCACACCUUAUAGCCUGUGCUCACCCUGUGGCAUGGCAGAAGGCUGUCAUAGUCCACAGACCCUGGCUGGGCUUCUGCCUCUGAUCUUUCUUCCCUUCCCCCCUUCUCGGGCUCCACACUGUACGGAGAAGGAUGUUUUUAAAACACAGAUCUUAUCUUUUCCAGCAACUGUUGCUCAUAGGGGAAUAAGCGGGCAAGCAUGUGACCCCACUCCACGUUACACACCCCCAUACCCAUACCUAGAUCCAUCCUUGUCCCCCAAAUACUACCUCCUCUCCUGUUUACACUUUCAACUCGUCCCUCCUCUCGUGUUUUCGUAAAACUGUCUCAGCCAAAAAUCCCUGCUUUCCCUGUGUGCCCAGGGUUCUUGACAUGUAGCCUGCCCGCCAAGUCUCAGCAGGGCUUCCACAGUCCUUUGUAUAAACAAGAAUUCCACCCAGCAUUUUCCAAUGUAUUUUUAAAGAGAUUUUUAAGUGUGCGCCUGCCCUGUCUCCUAAACCAAGUGUGCUCUGCGGGAGCUCCACAGAGGAUCUGUGCACCAUUUGCACGCAGUGCUCAUGGAGGCCAGAAGAGGGUGCUACACUUCCUGGAACUGGAGUUCCAGAUGGUCGUGAGCUGCCUCGUGGGGAUGGGAGCUGGACCCAGGUCCUCUGCAAGAGGAGCCAGUGCUCUAACCACUGAGCCAUCUCUCCAGCCCAAGACCAUAUUUCUUUCUUUCCUGGUAGGUCUCCUUGAGGACAGGGACAGUCUCUGCUCAUUGCAUGCUUGGUAAAUGUCUGCAGAACUAAAUGUGAAGGCUACAAUUUCUUUAUUUUCAUUUGCAAGAACUGUUUAAAUUCCAACCCUAAUGAUUUGUGAAGUAACCGCUCCUCUCCGGUUCCUAAGCUAAACCUGCAAACAGAUGGAAGUGUUGGCCCGUGCACCAUUCAAGCCAAUUCAUCUUGUUUCCAUCCUUUGUUCCCAUGCAGGUGCAUUUGUUUGUACCUGUGUAAGACAACUGCGGCUGCUGAUGCUCAAUCACUACCCACCUUAGCUUCUUAAGAAUGGUUGUCCUUGCUCUGGGGCUCUGCAAGGAGCCUGGGCUGGCUGGCCAACUGGGACACACCAACACAGCUGGCUUUUCAGAUGGUGCCUGAGGGACUGGAAACAGGGCUUUCUGUUUGCAAGGCAAGCACUUUACCUGGCUGCCUCCCCGGGCCCUUUACCAGACUUCUCCAUUUUCAUACGUAAUGAUAAAGAUGCCGUGACUUUUCUAUAAUCUGGGAAAAACCACUUAUGUUUACAAAGCUCGUUCCUUAUCAACGUAUGGCAUUGCUAGUGACCCUGUAAAGUGGCUCUUCAUUUCCCACGUGACAGGCGAGGAAGGUGAGCCUCAGGAACUCGAGGCUGGACUCUGGCCUUUCUAUAGUAUCAGUAUAUGCAGACGGACUGGACACAGUGGCACAGCACUUGCAUACCAGAUGCCAGGCCCUGAAUUAGAUCCCAAUACGGCAAAGCAACGGCAAGCAUGCACUAUACUGCCUGUCCUCACCUGAACAGCCUACAGUGGCUGCCAUUGAGACUAGACAGGAUGGUCUUACAGUGGAGGGGCAAUAGACAGCUUCUUGGCUGAGCAGAAACCUACUUGAGUGGCCUAUAUUUUGAGGGUCUCAACUGCUGGCCCAGUGAGUGUGGCUGUCUCAUGUCCUCAAAGUUUGCGUCACGAGAGAGGAACAUGUUCCAGGAUGAUCGCACAAGCACCAUGUCCUUUCUUCUUGUUCUAUACACCCAUCUCUUCAUCAUUUCAACUCAAUGGCUUAGUCACCCGUGCUCAGAGUCCACAAACAGUAUCUUGUCUUGAAACCCAGUCAGAGGACUUUAUUACAGGGUAUUGCAGCAACUGCUUCAGUUUAUUUUCAGCUAUUGCUGUUAGCCUUUGACUUUGCCUAAUUAAAUUAAGUAUCACAGACAUUAUGUCUUGAAGGAAAAAACCUAGCAUGACAGAGUUAGAUACUACCCGCAGUUUCAGAAAUCCAUUGGAGGUCCCAGAACAGGUCUCCAUGGACCAAGGGGCUGAUAACAAGGGCUGGCUGCCUUGUGGUCAGUGUUCUAAAGAGACGGCUGGAUAUUAGAACCCAGAGAUGCCAGUGUGUCAGGGGGUAGGGAGACAUGGUGGUUGUGCGGUCAUCCUGGAACUAUUCAUGGGUGUAUAACAGGAAUAUUCUCAUAACUUAAAAACAUUUCUGUACCUUGAUACAUAACUUAAAACCAAGUGACCUGUACCUUCCUUCCACAGAACACUGAUAAGCUAACAGGUGAGAUAAAACUUUGAACCACAAUCAUUCAAGCUUCAUGCCCCGGCUGCUAUACCUAACUUCUCACAUAAAAAAGGCCAAACUCUGCAAACUUAAA